AUGGAUCUCAGCUCAUUAACAGGCAAGUCGGCCCUCGGCGGUGCCGCCAACUCGGCUACCUCUGCUGAGCGAAAGGAAGCUAUCAAGCAGCAAGUAUCCUCGGAACUCGCAAUGGCAAACGCGCAGCAACUCAUCACAAAGGCAACGGAAAAGUGUUACACUAAAUGCAUUCCUGCACCAGGUGCAAGUCUUUCAGGCAAGGAACAGACAUGUUUGACAAGAUGCAUGGAGAGGUACUUUGAAGCUUUCAACAUUGUUUCAAGCACUUACGUCAGGAGGGUCGGUAAUGAGAGGGCUGCUGGAGCUGUUGCUGAGGCUGGUCUCUGA